UUUUCAAAGCAGACGGAUUGGGUGGGAAUAGUUAAACAUAGCUGAACUCGAUAACUAGCACGUUUGGUGUUUCUCUGAACACGACUGUGCCUAUGUUAGUUUACCUUUAAUUCAAAUGUAUUUUUGCUUGUUUUAAUGUGUUUGAUCUAGAAAGCGAAAGUCAAUAAAACAAAUCAGGAACUUUCGUUUUCAUCAGCGCUAUAGUUAAGUGAGUCAGCAUACAUCUGUUUGAACAAAUUGCAAAUAAAGUUUGAAAGCAUGAAUUCUUAGUGUGGUGUACAAUCAUACCAUGCUUUAUAUGGACUGUUGACCCAGCUAAAAGAAAGCAGCGGUGCUCAGAUACACAACUAUUCAUUACUUAUUUUCAAGUAAGCCCACCUAACAUAUAAUAUUCAGUCAUGGAUACGCAUAAUUAGAAUUUAAAUCAUGCCUUUUUAAUUACUGUACUUUGUGGCAAAAUAGUUCAAAAAUCACUGUUUCAGACAAUGAUUUAGAUGUUUCGGUCCCAAACAAAUAGGCGUAGGACUAGCUGUUGUUUCAUGGAAUAUGAAGUUCAAGAUUGUAUACUUCAAAAUCCUUGCCGCAAUCUGUAUAUUGGAGGCUCUGUUCUAUUUUUCCACGCACCAUUCAAAUUACCAUCCGGAUAACCAUAUCAAUGAGCAUAAUAUCACACCAGAAGAGAGGAAGUUGCAACGAGCAUUAGGCAAAGCUAUUAAAGAACCAAAGACAAUAUUGUUCUGGCCAGGAGAAUCGUCUGCUGAAAUAGCGAGGUUGCAGACUUAUAUUGACGAUGCUCACUCGACAUAUAGUCCCAUUCAAGAAUGUGGAAAUUGCGUUUUUUCUUUAAAUCAGAGCAAAAUUGAAGCUCCGGAUACGGCUGCUGUGAUCUUUUUGUAUAAGUUUGUGCAUCCUGGGAUAAUGCCCCAAAAGAGGAGAACCGAUCAGCUAUACGUGUAUUGGACGAAUGAGAGUCCAAAUAAUUUGAAGCAAAACCACGGAAAAACGUUCGAAUUUGAAGAUUAUGUAAAAUUCAAUGCCACCAUGACUUACAGAAGAGAUUCAGAUAUAUACCGGCCAUAUAUAACAAGCAUCUUUCGAACUUACAAAAUGUCGGAUUUACAGAGCAACGAUUUAACGGAGAUACUGCCAUCGAAGAAUUUGUGGGCAGCCGCUGUUGUAACAAAUUGUAAAGACUCACCAAGCUCAAUUUUCAGAUUAAAUUUCAUUCAACAAAUGAUGAUUGAGUCGAAAGGUAGAUUGCAAACAUUUGGAAGCUGCUUCGGUAAAGUAAUACCACGAACGAAAAAUUCGAUAGCAGACUUUGUGAAACCUUAUAAAUUCUUCUUGGCUUUCGAAAAUUCUUACCACUGUAGAGACUACAUAACAGAAAAAUUCUUUCAAAAUGCACUUCACGGCAAUGCCAUACCUGUGGUAUGGGGAGCAACAAAAGAAGAUUAUUUAGAAGUGGCACCUCCUGGAUCUUUCAUAUUCGUUGAAGAUUUUGUCUCGACAAAAGCUCUGAUUGACUAUUUGGAUUAUCUCGAUAAAAAUGACACAGCAUAUUUGGAGUAUUUUAGGUGGCGAACCAUGAAAAUAGAAGAAUUUCCAAUAUUUAAAAGAAAACAUGAUUUAUGUCAACUGUGUAGAAUUGUUCAUGGAAUUAAUAUCGAUGACAUUUACAAUCCGAACUAUAAUCCGGAAUCUGCAUCUCGGCCCUUAUUUGAUAAAUCUAUGUCACCGAGAAAAGUGGAAUCACUGAAGAUUUGGUUCUAUACAAAGGAAAAUAAAGACUGUUUUAAAAGUAGUUUCAAAAUGGUUAAUAUAAAGAAUGGAUGAUAUUUAUAUAUAUUAAUUAUUUUGGGAUGUUAUUUGUCAAAAAUGAAAACGAUGAUAGAGCAUGUGGUUAUUCUCGAAUCAUUUCUUCGCUGCUAUUGAACACAAAAUGGACCGAUGAAUAGUUCGGCUUCAUCUGGAUCGAGGUAAUUUCUCGUUCGCUGUGUUUUCCCUUCCUACCAGUUUUUAUAGCCCAGUUUUUCGUAUGCAAUAUUUUAUUUUUAGUACAAUUCAUGACGAAAAUACAAUUCAUUUUAUACGGUUUAAUCGUCAGCGUGUAUUAAACAAACACCAUAAGCAGCCCUUAUGUUACUUCUAUUACUUGUAUACUGCAGUGCAUGGUUCCCAAACUUUUUAGAGUUGGGACCCGCUAUUUAUUACCACAGCUUAUGGCGACCCAUUUAAUUUUUAUGACAUAACACAAAACACAGCAAUGGCUAAUCAUCGCAAAACUACCGUGUUUCCUCGAAAAUAAGACCUGCCCUGAAAAUAAGACCUAAUUUGAAUUAUAAAAAUGAUUUUAAAUAAACCCUACCCUUAAAAUAAAUUUGAAAUGUGUGGGAGAAGAAAGGUUCAAUAACCCGAGGUAAGGUGGAGAUCACACCACUAUUCAAGAUUGUUUGAUAUCACGAUUAUGAUAUUUGUCCUUUAAUUUUUUUAUAGGAAAUACAAAUAAAAACAAUGGAUGUCGGUUUUUAUAUAUUGUUUAUUAAAAAACCCCGUGCUUUUCUACAAUGUAAUUUUAUUUUUAAUGUAUGAACACAAAAGACCU